GGAGUCACGGCUCACGAGAGCUAGGGAGCGCGGGAAAGCAGCGCUUAAUUAACGGUGGCGGGAGCGGCCUCCCCGGGCCCUUGUCCAGCGAGACAUCCUUGCCGGGAAGUCAGCGCGGCUCCCUCGUCUCUCCUCGCGGGCUAGCAUGGUGCGGACUAAAGCAGACAGUGUCCCGGGCACCUACAGGAAAGUGGUGGCCUCGCGAGCCCCCAGGAAGGUGCUGGGUCCCUCCACCUCUGCCAUGAAUUCUACGUCGCUUUCGUCCUCGAGGAAAGCUGAAAAUAAGUAUUCAGGAGGGAAUCCAGUUUGUGUACGUCCAACUCCCAAGUGGCAAAAAGGAAUUGGAGAAUUCUUCAGGCUUUCCCCUAAAGAUUCUGAAAAAGAGAAUCAAAUUCCUGAAGAGCCAGGAAGUAGUGGCAUAGGAAAAACAAAGAGAAAUGCUGGGGUUGAAUCCAGGGCCUCAUACAUGCUGGAGCAUGUCCUUUGCAACCUGAUCACAGCGAUGAUGAACAAGAAUAGAACCUUCUUACUCAUCUGUAAAUAAUGUCUCCUGUUUACGCUGAUAUUCUAGGGGUCUACAUUUGUAUAGGUGUUUUGUUCAAUUAGCUUUGUUGAAUAGGCAUUUAAUUUAAAACAUGAGGCUAAAAUUUAGUUAUUCAAGAGCAAGCAGUUAUAAUUGGAGAAUUUGUAAAAAUUAUGGUUGUUUGGCUUAAUACUGUAUUCAAUAUAAUGCCAUAUGUCUCUUUUACCUGUUACUAAGCUUCUUGUUCUUACUAAAACGAAAUCAUCGCAUGAUGUUCUAAUUACUAAUCUUGUGUAUUUGAUAUUUGCUUAGAUCUUUGUGCUGAUGCCAUUUUUAUUGGCAUCUGAUUUGAAAUAGUGCCAUACUUUUAUGCUUCCUAUUUGCUUUAAAAAGCAGGGUUAGACUUUUGCUUAUUAAAAAAACACCAGUAUUAAUUAAA